AUGUUUGAGGAGCAGGCGACCAAGGUCAAGAUCACGUCUGUGGUGAUUUUGGUGGGCAUGUCAUCGAUGCUGGCGGCGGUGGUGACUGACCACUGGGCCGUGCUCAGCCCACGGGUGGAGAAGCUCAACGCCACCUGCGAGGCAGCCCACUUUGGCCUCUGGAGGCUCUGCAAGAAGAGCAUCUUCAUUGUGGAGGCGGACCCCCAGGGCAAAGGCUGUGGCCCCAUCAGUUUACCUGGAGCGAAAAACUGCUCCUACUUCAAACACUUUACAUCGGGGGAAGAAGCUGAAGUUUUUGAAGUCAAGACCCAGAAAGAGUACAAUAUCUCAGCAGCAGCCAUCGCCAUUUUCAGUCUGUUCUUCAUGAUCCUGGGCACCCUCUGCGUCACCUUCUCUUUUGGGAAGGGGCGGGACUACCUGCUCCGGCCUGCUGGGAUGUUCUUUGCCUUUGCAGGUCUUUGCAUCAUCAUUUCUGUCGAGGUAAUGCGCCAGUCUGUCAAACGUAUGAUUGACAGUGAUGAGACCAUCUGGAUUGAAUACUACUACUCCUGGUCCUUUACCUGCGCCUGCGCCUCCUUCACCCUGCUCAUCCUCAGUGGAGUCGCCCUGCUCCUCAUCUCCAUGCCCCACAUGCCACGUAAUCCCUGGGAGACCUGCAUGGAUGCUGAGCCUGAGCCCUUAGAUUAG